UACUCGGUAUAAGGUCAUUAGAUUAUCAGAAAAACAACCGCCUGUACGUACGCACAUUAUUUAUUAUUAUUUAUACACGAUGAUGAAUCGUCGACCGAUCAUCGUCAGUGUGUUCUGGUCGGUAGACGGUAGUCGUAUUCGUACAAGUUUAUUAUACGAAUCAGUUACCUAAUACAUAUUAUAUUACCUAUAGUUGUGUAGUGUCAUAAUAACGACGACGCAAACGAUGAUUUCCUUUUCUGAUUUCAUUAUUUUUUUAAACGUAUUUAUUGCAACGAUCUUCGCUUCCAACGCGUAUAUUCCAGACGCUUCGUUGAGUGUGCCAAAAAUAAUUAAACGCCACGGCUAUCCGUCUGAAACUCACAUCGUGGAUACUAAAGAUGGAUAUCUAUUGGAAGUCCAUAGGAUACCACACGGAAAAAACAGUAAACAGUAUAGAAAAUUCCCUGUGUUCUUACAACAUGGAGUCGUGGCUAGCUCUGCUGACUGGAUAAUCAACGGGCCUUCAAAGGCGCUGGCUUACCAACUAGCGGAUAAUGGAUUCGAUGUAUGGUUAGGAAAUUCUAGAGGCAACACCUAUUCUCGUUCUCACAAGAGUCUCAGUCCAGAUAGUGAAGAAUUUUGGAAUUUUAGUUUCCACGAAAUGGGUAUCUACGAUUUGCCGGCCACCAUAGACUACAUCUUAGAACGUACGAACCAAAGUCAAUUAUACUACAUAGGCCAUUCGAUGGGAUCUUGUAUGUUUUUCGUUAUGUGCUCUAUGCGCCCAGAAUAUAAUUAUAAAAUUCGAGCGCAAAUAAGUUUAGCUCCGGUGGCUUACGUUCAUCACAUGACUUCUUUUUUAAAUACUUUAGUUCCGUACGCAAACGAAAUACAAAAAGCUUCGAAUUGGGUUUCAAAAGGAGCGUUUUUACCGCAAAACGCUGCUAGCAAAUUAGUAAAUAAAUAUUUAUGUGGAGAUAACGCUGUCAAUUCCAUGUUGUGUAAAAAGUAUAUUGUUUAUAAAAUGUUUGGGGAGGAUACUGUUCAAUUCGAUAUGACCUUACUUCCCAUAAUAUUAGGUCACAAUCCAGCUGGCACUUCAGUGAAAACUUUAAUUCAUUUCGCACAAGAAAUCACUACAAAAAACUUCCAACAAUUUGAUUUUGGAAUAGAAAAAAACCUUGAUGUUUAUAAUUGUUCACAUCCACCAAAAUACAAUUUGAGCAACAUAAUUGUUCCCAUCGCCUUUUAUUAUGCUAAAAACGAUAUCCUAGCAGAUCCUACUGAUGUGGUGGAGUUGUAUUCCCAUUUACCAAACAGAUUAGGGUUACAUCUCAUCAAAUUUGACAAAUUCAACCAUGUUGAUUUCCUGUAUAGUAAAAAUGUUACUGAUAUGGUAUACCAAAGUGUAAUGAAUACAAUAUUUAAAGCUGAAUUUGUUGGUUGGAUACCAGAGUUUGAUAAUGCAACUGCAUUUAAUGCCUUAAGUGAUUAUAAUAAAUGCAACGACGAUAGAAAUGCAAGGACAACAAACAAUGGUUUUUGGCAUAAAAUUACAUCAAUUAUAAAAAAGAAAGAAGUAUAUCCAUUAACAAGUAUCAUGAAAGAAGAUAAGGAAAAAAAUGUUAGAUUAAGGAACACAUAUGUAAUGGCUUGGAAUCAAACAUAUUUUGAAUAAUAAUUUUAAUAUUUAAAAACAAAUUACAUGUAAUUUUUUUUUAUUAUUGAAAAUUAAUUACUUUCAUUUUUAAAUGAAUUAAAACACAGAAAUUGAGUAAUUUAUUAAUGUAUGUAUGUACAACUUAAAACUAAGAAUGUCAUUUUCUUAAUUUGUUAAUGGAGUGAAAAAAUUUAAAAAAUUUAUCCAUUUUACACUUUGAAUCCCUCAUCAGUAUUUUGAUCUUGACCUAGAACAUAUAAAUUACAUUUUAAUAUUUGAGGAAAUAAUUUUGUUGAUAAGAAUACUACUUUCAUUUAUUGAUUUUUUUUUUACAUAAUUACCUUAUUUUUAUUUUUUAUUUUUAUCAAAAACUAGUUUAAAGGACAUUUUUUGCAGUUUAUAAGUAUGAGUUUUGUAAUGUAUAAGAUAAAUAAAAUAGUCCCUCUCUCACACCAAUUUAUGUAUCACAUUUUAUUAGGACAAACAAAUAAAAUAAAAAAAAUGUUUUAAAUUACUUGUAAUCA